AUGAUGGGUGAGAUUUGGGAAAACUUCCUAGAGCAGGUGAAUCUGAAAAAUAGUAAGACCCAGGCAAAGGUAGACUGCAAGGACAUUCCAAACAGAAGUGGGCAGGAAAUGCAAAAAUCCAGAAGACAUCUAGGCAAGUCCAGUGUGGACACAGAAGACCUUAUCAGAAUGUUUUGGACCAGAGUUCAACGCUGGAAGCCAUCUCCCGAGGGCGGCGCCGGGCGCGGGGCCCGGGCCGGGGCGCCCCCGAGGCUGGAGGCGGGCCUGCAGAAGCUGGCGCUGCGGCGGAAGAAGGUGCUGGGCGCCGAGGAGAUGGAGCAGUUCAAGCUGGCGCAGGCGGCGGGCGGUGCCAUGGACCCCGACGUGUGCAAGAUCCUCGUGGACCUGCUGGAGCUGAACGUGGUGCCCCUCACCGUCUUGCAGAUGCUCAGCUUGUGCACCGAGCAGAGGCUGGCGAGGGAGCCCCAGGACCCCGCGGCCGCGCCCCUGCCCACGCCCGGCGUGCCUGAGACCCGAGGGAGAAACAAAGGCAGCGGUGCCUUCGGCGGCGGAGGCCCGGCGCUGCCAGAACGCGGCGUCCGGGAAGGAUCCGGCCAGAGGAUGCCCCGCCGACCCAGCGCCACCAGGCUGCCCAAGCGGGGUGGGCCGGGGAAGAGCCCCGCGCGGAGCAGCACCUGA